CCCGUCCCUCCCCUCAUGAGGGCACCGCCGCCAUCAUUACCUGCAGCUCGGCCCUCUCCGCUUCCCAGCGCCCUUUCUCCGCCUCGAACCGCGCCCACUCGUGCUGGAUGAAGUGCAGGAUGCCCGGCAGGCUGAGGCCGCGCCACCGCGUGGUCACCGCUGGUAUCGCCACCACCACCGACCCUACAACAAGCGGCAACACCUCCAAAUUAAAUAAUAAUUAACUAAAUAAUUAAUUAACUAAUUAAUUAACUAAUUAAUUAACCGCCACCAUGCGAAUCACGCCCUGCCAGGCCGCCCUGGCCGCCGCCAUCACCCUCAACCUCCUCCUGCUGCUCUUCUCCCACCUCCUCCCCGGCGCGUCCCCUCCGUGCCGCCGCUCCCGGCGCGUCGCCGACGGCGUCCCCGGCGUCACCGUCAUCCUGCGCGACUUCGACGGUCCCGAGCACGACGUGGCCGCCACCGCCCGCUCCUUCGCCGCCCUGCCCGGCGUCACCGUCCUGGUGGCUUCGGAGACGCCGCCGUACCCGCCGGCGCCGCUUCCCGCCGGCGUGGCCGUGCUGUCGCUGCGGCCGGAGCUGCACCGGCCGCCGCCGCGGCCAGAGCUGGCGGUGCGGACGCGCCACGUGGCUUUGGUGCCGGACGGCGCCCGCGCCGCGCCGGGGCUGCUGCGGCGCAUGAGGGACGCGCUGGAAGCCACCACCGACGCCAAGGUGGUGGCGGCGGCCGUGGGGCGGCGGCGGCCGCGGUGUUUGGAGGUGGAGGUGGACGUCAAGGCGUGGACGGUGCGGUACAGCUACGCCGAUGGGCGGAGUGACCGGCGGAGUGACCACCACGAUAACCACCACGACAACCACAACAACCACCACAAUGACCACCCCGAUGACCACCAUGACAACCACCACAACGACCACCACAAUGACCACCAUGAUGACCACCACAAUGACCACCACGAUGACCACCGCGGCGACCUCUGCGGCGCGCUGGACGAAACCCCGGCCGUGCUUCUCCUACGGACGCGCGACCUCUUCUCGCUGCCCUUCCCGUUGACCGUCCCGGUGUCCACCUCGCUGUCCCUACAGGCGGCGGCGCGCGGUUGGCGCCUCCUCCUUCUCCCGUCCUCCUUCCCUCCGUCCCCACGUGUGUCGCCAUCCCGCGCCGGCGUUGCCGAAUCGCGUCGCCGCGCGUUGCUGCAGCGUUUCGGCAUCAAGCUGGAGGUGCUGCCGGACGGUUCCCGGCGCUGGCACGGCUGCGGCAAGGACACGGCGCGUUGUUUCGGCACGGUGCGGGCGCAGAGCCCCGAGUACCUGCUGGCGGGGCGCUGGACGCCGCCGUGCUGCCUGCGGGCGCUGCGCCUCACCGCGCGGCACGUCCUGGCGCAGCUCGAGGCGUCGGGCGUGCGCCACUGGCUGGAGGGCGGCUCGCUGCUGGGCGCCGUCCGGCACGGCGACAUCGUGCCGUGGGAUUACGAUGUCGACGUCGGCUUCUACCGCGACGACGUCCCCAAGUGCCGUUGGCUGGCGGCCGUGGCGGCGACGGGUCGUCCGCUGGAAGAUCCCGACGGGUUUUUUUGGGAGAAAGCCGUUGAAGGGGAAUUUUACCGCGUCCAUUUUAGCCGCACCAACCGGCUCCACGUGGAUCUGUGGCCGUUCUACGUCCGCCCCGGCGCCGCCGUCAUGACCAAGGACACGUGGUUGGGUCACCGGCAGGAUGUGGAGUUCCCCGAGCGUUUCGUGGUGCCCCUUGGCACCGUGCCCUUCGUCGGGGUCAUGGCCAAGGCGCCCAACGACCCCCGAGCCUUCCUGGAGUUCAAAUUCGGGCCCGGCGCCAUCGAGAACCCCGAGUACCCCAACCCCGAGGUCAGGAGGUUGGCACAGGACCUGGGCAAUAAAACUGCGCGGUGACGCUGGUGUGCCA